CCUGAUUGUUCGUUAUCUUGUCCUGGACCUUGUAAACAUAAUCUCACUUGCAAUCCCAUUAAUGGUACCUGCUCGAAUGGUUGUUCAGACGGAUGGAUGGGUGUGUUUUGUAACAAAACAUGUGUUUCUGGAACCUUUGGUCCGGAUUGUAAAAACAACUGUAGUGGUCAGUGCCUCAACGAUUUAAUUUGCAACAGAAUAACAGGAAGAUGUGACAAAGGAUGUAAACCUGGAUACGAGGGAGAAAGUUGCAAUAAAGUUUGUAGCCAUGGAUUUUUCGGAGACAACUGUUUGAAACAAUGCAGCCCUUCCUGUCUUGGAAAAAGUUGCCAUAAUAUGAAUGGGAACUGCAACUUUGGGUGCAUCAGCGGGUACCAAGGCCCAGCUUGUGACCAGUUUUGCUACAGCGGAUCGUAUGGUCAAAACUGCUCCUUGAGAUGUGAGAAAUGUGUGAAUCAAUCUUGUGAUCAUAUUUCCGGCAUGUGCUUUUAUGGGUGUGAACCAGGAUGGAAAGGCCCUCAAUGUUCAGGAGUGUGUACUGCAGACAAAUAUGGGGCAGACUGCAUGUUUUCUUGUAGCCAAAACUGCCUUAACAAGGAAUCUUGUGACCACGUGACUGGAGUUUGUGAAAAUGGUUGUUCAGAUGGAUAUCGAGGAGAGAAAUGUAAUUCAGAAAAAGAUUAG